GAUUGGAUGCGCUGGAUCACGUGCGGGAGGACGGGGCCGUCCGGCCGCACUCGACUCGGUGGCACCCGUAGGAUGGCAGCGGAGUCGUUUCUGCGCAUGCGCUCUAGGUUGGAGACUAUGAAGAUUAACCAGAACACAGUCUUACAGGGGAAAAAGGUGACCCUGGUACCAUACACCUCUGCUCAUGUAUCCCGGUACCACGAGUGGAUGAAAUCGGAGGAGCUACAGCGACUGACCGCAUCUGAGCCACUGAGCCUGGAGCAGGAGUAUGAGAUGCAGCGCAGCUGGCAGGAGGAUGCAGAUAAAUGUACGUUUAUUGUACUGGAGACCGAGAGGUGGUCUGGGCAAGCAGGUACCGAGGAGGACUGCAUGGUGGGGGACGUGAACCUGUUCCUCACAGAUAUGGAAGAUCCAACAGUGGGAGAGAUAGAAGUCAUGAUUGCAGAGCCCAGCUGCCGUGGCCGAGGGUUUGGCAAGGAGACAACUCUGAUUAUGAUGUUUUAUGGAGUAACAAAGCUGGGAAUUACCAAAUUUGAGGCUAAGGUUGGACAGGAAAAUGAAGCUAGUAUCUGCAUGUUCAAAAAGCUUAAUUUUAAGGAGGUUGCCGUGAACAGGAUCUUCCAGGAGGUGACAUUGAGACUGGAUGUGAAUGAGCAGCAGAAACAGUGGCUCCUGGAGCAAACCAAGCACGUGGAGGAGAAAAACUAUAGUGUGUUGAACCUACAGACUCGUGCCUCUGAGACCUGACAUCUCUUCCAGAGGCAAGCAGUCCACACCCCUGCUAAGUCUCCAGGGAGGAAGGGUUUGACAACAUUACUGAGUACAAGUAUGGAAAACACCUUGGGACCAAGAGUGAAUCAAACGACAAACUGAUUUGUUAUUACUCCACAUACCUGGUGUACCACCUGUGAAAUGCUGAUCUUCCACAGCAAACGUGACAGAGCAUCUACAGCGGCAUUCCUUUGCAAUAGUGCCUGGAAGCUGGGAUGGAUGAACCGAUGCUAACAGGUUAAGCAUAGAAGUACACCUUGGCUGGGAAUGGCCCUUUUAGUCACAAAGCUCCCUCUGCCCUGUUCUAGGAAGGGACUGUCUACACCUCCAGGGCCUAUAAACAUCAGUGAAUUGGCCAGCAAUGCUGUCAGUCUAUGGAUGAGCAGAGUAGACUGGGUUCCUAGCUAAAACCCCACCAUCCGUAGCAGAGUUCCUAGUGUCACAAAUGGAGUCUGAGCCACGGGAGACUCUGGCCUGCUUUGUCACAUGAACCGACACAUACAAUGCGACUUAACGUGAUCUAGUAGGCAAAAUAGCUCAGUUGUCAUCCGUGGCUGGUAAAGUGGUGGUUACAAGAUUAAAAAAUAAAAAUAAAGUCAGUGGAUCUGCUAGACAAGUUGUUACUAUUCCAGGUACUGCGGGCACCAGGCUUUCCCCUCUUGGCUUUGUGCUUAAUCUUGGUGUGCCACCAUCCACUUGUGCAUGUUCUAAGCCGUUGUGUAGCUCAUCACACUCUUGGCUAGUGUGAGCACAGCUUAAUGGGAGAGGCCGGUACAACUAAGAUCUGAGAGGGAUUGAGUGCCCUCCUCUCCCAUUGAAGUGAAUUUGUGUCGUGGGUACUUCAUAAAGGACACCUGGCUGACUUCCCUCGAGCCAGCCAUGGUAAACUACAACAUUUCUAAAAGGUUAGGAACUAACGUGCUAAACUGCCAGCAUGUAAAGAGAGCAAUCAAAGAGGAUGGAAUCAGAGUACUAAAUUACCUCUGUGCAUCAGACUUCAGCAGACGAUGAUUUUUGAUAGGUAGAAAUGCCUGUCUCAGUGCUGCUUGGUACGGGUACUGAAAAAGGGCCAUCGCUGUGACAGGGUAUCCAUAAAAAGAUGAGUGAGAAAAUUAAAUUGCACAGAGGAUGUAAAGAAUAAAGCAGCUGAUCUGCUACUAUGCUUAUUUAAAACCAUCUACAUUACAAGACAACCAGAGAAUGGCUAACCCAGAAGCCAGCCUUUAAGGAAGCAAUAAAUAAAACCAGUGGAACUGACUGCUGCAAGGUGGUGUUGACACCACUUAAGUCUCCAAACCAGGAUUAGUACUCAGGUGAACAAAAAGAACAUGCAUUCUGAUACCAUAGUAGUCGCUACUGGAUCCAAUCAGCCCACCUUGAUUAUCACUACAAAAGGUCCCCCUCCCCCGCUCUCCUGCUGGUAAUAGCUCACCUUUCCUGAUCACUCUUGUUACAGUCCGUGUUGUAACACCCAUUGUUUCAUGUUCUCUGUGUAUAUAAAAUCUCCCCACGAUAUUUUCCACUGUAUGCGUCUGAUGAAGUGAGCUGUAGCUCAUGAAAGCUUAUGCUCUAAUAAAUUUGUUAGUCUCUAAGGUGCCACUAGUACUCCUUUUUCUUUUUGCAAAUACAGACUAACAUGGCUGCUACUCUGAACCUGUCAUACUUUGAGGUGGUGUCCUUGAGGGUAAGUGGUUGCUAGCAACCCUCCUCCAUUAUUUGACUGUAAGCUUUAUAACUCAGCAAGGGAAAUCUGACUGGCUCCCCUAAUAGAAUUGUUUAGCCAUUCCAAAGAACAAUCAGAUCGUCACACAUUAGCAACAGGCACUAGGCAGCUACUCAGAGCUAAACUGGAUCAAGGGCAAGGAGGUAUAGUCAGUGUACCUAACACUCCCUCUUCAGAAAAGGCUGUUUGCAGUCACAGGCCAAGUCCCAGAGGGACCAGCAAUGGUUUGUUUCUGUUGUGGGGCAGGGUAGUAGGUUUUAACUGGCUUUUUUUUAAAAAUCAGUAAUUGUUGUUAUGUGGAAUUUUUAGUGCUGCUGUUUGUGGUGUUAGUCCUAGGGCUUUCUAUGCUGAUUUUAGUUCAUGUAAAUGCAUUUAUUCCUAUGACUAACAUUAAAACCAAGUGCAGCAGAAGUGGAUUGUGGCAUUUUAAUAAGUGAGUAAGUAUUUAGUGUGGAUUUUGUUAUAGCAAAAGCCAUGUGCAGUGUAGAAGUGAAGAGGAGCUUUACGUAUAGCUGGGAUUAAAUUUACAAGGGCUAGUAAUCGUCAUGCUGUUUGAUCACCAGCUGGAGUCAGGAAUGAAUUUUGUCUCCCUGGUACAAUUUUGCCCAAUAAGCCAGGUGCAUUAUGGGCUUUUCUCUGCUUCCACUAAACCAAUUGCUAUACACCUUUGCUACAGAGAGAAAUGGGAACUGAAUGUACUUGCACUCUGGGAUGCUAGUUUCUGUGUCUGGAUAGCUGCAUUUUUCUCCCUUAAAAAUCUACUGCCUAGAAACGUUGUUUUAAAGGCGCCACUGCUUGCGGCAUGAUGGCAUUGAAAUAAGGUUUAUGCUGCUCUAGCAAAGUAAUGAAUGUGAUUGCUCUCAGUAGCUGGAUGGGAACUGCAUGUGUGUGAAUGAAGAAUUGUCUGCCUGAAGCUGGGCCUGUUCCUGCUGCAGUGAGAAGUCAAUGGCGUAGUGUUGCUAUGAGCAACGCUGGAACUAAACCCAACUGAAAUGGAUCAGGAAAAUAAUUUUAUUUUCAAACUUCUCUAUAGAAUUCUCCCAACUUUCUGAAGAGAGGCCUGGGCUGCUGGACAUUGUUGUAGAAAUGUAGUGGGGUAAAAGCCCUACUUUGAUUACAUUGCAUGGAGUGAAAGACUUUGAAUGGUGCUAAUUUUGUUCCUCCUCUGUGAUGCUGAAGUGGGCUAAGGCCUGUACAUGGGGUCUGGCAGCUAGUUGAAGUCCAACAUUAUAUUCUAAUAGAAAUGAGUAACCCUUGACCCUAUAAAUGGAGCCAUUUCAUCCCAUCCCUACCACGUUAUCUGUGUCAGGGGCAUUAUUAAAAUGAGACAGGCUCCAUAGUGGACAAAACCAGGGGGCAAUCUGCUGUUCCCAAAAGACCCAUUGGGGGUGCAUGGAAACGACCUAGGCCUGCAUGCUGCCCUCUACCUUACAACUGUUCCUUGUGCUGGGCCUGAAAUGGUGCCGGACCAGGGGGAGAGAAUGGCCUGCGGUUUGGUAUGCGUGUCACUAGAAAUUCUUCCCUCCUGCUCACUGGUGUCAAGGUCCUGAAGAUGCCUGCUGCCCUGUGUCUUGAGUUGUUCAGUCCUCACUUCUUGCUGGAUUGAGGGGCUGAGAACACAAAAGACUAAUGCAUCUGUGUUGCUGCUGGUAGCUGGGUUCCCUUAGCAGUACCUCACCCUGUCUAGACGUGCUAAUGAGACCCAGCCCCUUUCCCUGACUGGAGGCUGUGACAUGAAUCAUGAAUUUCCUCCUCUGACUCUUGGAGCCCUGCCACCCUUCACAAAAUCAUAUCCAAGUGAGAGUUAUGAGCAAAGAGAUGAUAAACUCUGAUGACAUCCUCUCCUGCCCAAGCAAGUGCUUUCACUGCAUUGGAAACAGAGCUGCAGAAAUGUAACUGGGGAUGAGGGACGGAUGCAGUUUACAGUCAACAGGGCAUUCAGAGGGUUGGAAAUCUUCCAUUUCAGCCUCCUGCUGGGCUUCAUCUAAGAGGUACACAACAGCCAUCCCUAAACACACUGCCUCCAGGUGAUGGGACCCAAGCUGCAAGGCAUAUAAAUCCAAACGAAGGAUUAGGGAUCAGGGUUCUUUGUAGUAACACGGCUAUGAUGUGUCACACCAAGAAAGUUAGCUGGGGCAGUGGGUUGUUCGGGGUAGGAAAUUUUGAUUUCUAGAUAAAGGAGUUGAGCGAGGAUACGGAAGGCCUCAGAAAGCGACCCUGGAAAAAAUGGGAACAGCAGCCGCGGCACAACCACGCCAAGGGCCAUGCUUCAGUGUCUACAGGAGGAACAGACUGGGGAGCGCACAGGACACAGUUCACAAAGGGGGAAUGAAUGGGCACUUGGCACUAAAGACAGGAAAUGCAACAGCCAGAUGCAAGUAGCAGACACAAAAACAGCUGUAUGGACAGACCAAUGCAUUCAACCAUUCUUGCCUUUAUAAUAAAUCUUUUAAUUUAGUUAGUUAAAUACA